ACUAGACUGCAUUACAAACAGACGAUACCAUCGCUUCAACAGCAUCCUCUCAGACAAGAGCCACUAUUUCCUGAUUUAGAUCACCUGUCAUCGAAGUUUAAAGAAGGGGAAACAGGAGACAGAAAUACACUGAACCAAAAAGAUUCAAAAGAGCAAUAUAAGAAGUGGAAUCUCUAAGAAUGGCUUCCAGCCACUGGAAUGAAACCACUACCUCUGUUUAUCAGUACCUUGGUUUUCAAGUUCAAAAAAUUUACCCUUUCCAUGACAACUGGAACACUGCCUGCUUUGUCAUCCUGCUUUUAUUUAUAUUUACAGUGGUAUCUUUAGUGGUGCUGGCUUUCCUUUAUGAAGUGCUUGACUGCUGCUGCUGUGUAAAAAACAAAACCGUGAAAGACUUGAAAAGUGAACCCAACCCUCUUAGAAGUAUGAUGGACAACAUCAGAAAACGUGAAACUGAAGUGGUCUAACACUCUACAGAAGAUGAACAAAAUCUCUGAAAGCAGCUCAACCUCUUCUGAGAAAAAAAAAUCUUCUGAGGCCAACUGUUGCUACAAAACAAAUUCUGACUGAAUGGUUAAAAGAUUUCUAGUAGAAGGGGAAAAACAAGUUAAAUAUGCACUGUUUGUGUGUGUAGCCAUUUCAUUAAAUAUACAGUAAAACUUCAUAAA